UUUGGCUCGUGUGCAAGAAGAAAACUUUUUGGGUUUAAUUGAUAAUUAUGAAGAAUUUUGUGGUAGCGGGGCAGAUUUUUCCCGAAUAGGAAGGAGUGAAUUGAUAUUUUAUAGAUUUCCCUUUGGUUUAUAUACGGACGAUGGUCGGUGGCUUGGCUUCCCACUAUUCCUGUUUCGGUUCAGCGAUGGAAUUGGAACCCUCGCCGGACGGUUCAGCCUCGGCCUCCGCUACUGACGCGGCGGCCGCCUCCGAGUCGAGUGAUCGGUCGUUCAGAGCGGCGGCGUCGAAGUGGACGUUUGCAAUUUCGCAGCGAUUCCAGCACCUCCUAGACAAGUCAACGCCGCACUUGCGCUACCGGUGGAUCGCGUUCCUCUGCAUAUCGUUCGCGUAUGGAGUCCGGGUCUACCUGCUCGAGGGAUUCUACGUGGUUUCGUACGCCCUUGGGAUAUACAUACUCAACCUCCUCAUCGGCUUUCUCUCGCCGCAGGUGGACCCGGAGUUCUCCGAUGGCCCGGAGCUUCCUCUUCGGGCUACCGACGAGUUCCGCCCCUUUGUCCGCCGCCUUCCCGAGUUUAAAUUCUGGUAUUCAAUCACCAGAGCCUUCUGCAUUGCUUUCCUAUUGACAUUCUUCAGCGUAUUUGAUGUACCUGUUUUUUGGCCAAUUCUCCUUUUCUACUGGGUCAUUUUGUGCUUUCUAACCCUGAGGAGGCAGAUACUGCAUAUGAUCAAAUAUAAAUAUGUUCCUUUUUCUUUUGGAAAACAGCAAUAAGACAAUUUGGUAUACCUUUCAGCGGUAUGAUCGAAGGAGAGAACCUUCUCCAGAGGGUGAAAGCUUACAACCCUAAAUUUAAAUCCACAGGAUUGUUGCUGAUCUUCGUAGGAUAGGAAGCUUCCAUUGUAAUCCCACACUUCCCGGUGUUACUACCUGCGAGGUUACGUUCCAAUCUCAGGUACCCGUUCUCGCCCCAGUCUGUCCCCCAUGAGUUCCUCACUAUCCAGUAGUCCACCCCAUUCUCCGAGCCGUAUCCUACGGCUACCACACCAUGAUCCAAUUCUGUGCCGCAUUCCCCCGUAAAUACACCCUGUUGAGACACAAAUGAACCAUUAUGCUGACACAUUUCUGUUUUUUUAGUAACUUAUUAGUUGAUUUGCACUGCUUUAUUCCGAUGCUCACAAGUCACAAGUGAUUAAAAGCAAGAGUAUGUUCUUUUCCCUUGCAAAACUCUCUAACCUCAGUUACUUGACUCUAAAUUUGUCGAUUAGUUUUAUAGUAAAUUUAUUGACUUGACUUGCUUUUA